UUGUUAGCUUAGCAGCUAAUCUCCGCUUCUACACUUCGUUGGAAUUUGUGACCCGGUGUAACACCGGUAACCGACCCGGUAACGUUCACGAUGAAACAAAAAUAAGUUUUAAUUUAUUUUGAACAUAACCUUUGGUGUUUUUAUGGUGUUUAUUUGAUCAGAGCUGACAGACAGCAGCAGAAACUUUAGCAGCUAACGGUUAGUUUAACAGGUUGUUUUUAUUUUUCAACAUGUCGGAGGAGAACCUCAGUUUGUUCGAGUUGUUAAACUUAUCCAUCGGAACCGCUCAGAAAAGUUCGGUCAACUUCAGCGCCCUUCACGCGCUGCUGCUGGCUGUGCUGAAGAAGCUGGAGGUCCUGGAGCUGAAGACCCAGUGGAGGGGGCUUCAACCCGGACACCUGGAGCCCCACGCCUCGGUGGAUGUCUCCGCCCGAGACCGAGACCCGGAGGAAGAGGAGGUUCUGGUGGACCGAGCCUCGGAGAAAGAGGAGGUUCUGGUGGACCGAGCCUCGGAGGAAGAGGAGGUUCUGGUGGACCGAGCCUCGGAGGAAGAGGAGGUUCCGACGGACCGAGACCCGGAGGAAGAGGAGGUUCUGACGGACACCGAGGCGGACCGGCAGGUUCAGCAGAGGAAGGGAGGUUCUGGUGGUUCUGAUCCGGACGGUGAGGAAUUGCUCCGGUCCCGGAUCCAGACCUGUGAGGACGUCUUGUCAAAGCCUCCCCUCCCCGAUGACCACGCCAUCACACCAGCAGCUCCUCGUUCUCCCGACGUCUCUGCACAGAGAGUGGACGACUCUGUCCCAUAUGGGUCACCCUCACAGGUCCAACAUGACCCCCCCAGGACCCCAGAACCACAGACUGAAGGUGACAAGGUCCCUGACCCAAUCACUGCUCACCUGAACCUGUCCCAGAAGGCUGGGGGGUCAGCGUGGAACCAGGAGACGGUGAGGAACCUCAACAACCUGCAGGAGAAGCUCAGCCAGGUGGAAGCUCGCACGGCAGCGUUAGAGGAACAGAAGGUGGACCAGAACCAGCUGGCUCAGCUCAGAGAGCUCAUCAGCAACAACACAGGUUGGUGGGACACACAGAGGGGUCUGAGGGACCAGCCGGACCAGCAGACAGAUUUGAUCCAGAGCCUGAAGAACGACUGCGAGAAG